GCUGCAAGCGCUGCUGUUCAACAUCAAUUCUGACCAUGGGAAAGUGCAUCGACGGUGGGUCCGAACACAGGCAACUCACGCGACUAUGCAGACCACCGCCUAUCACUUCCACGGAACUGUCAUGGAACACUUCCGCAUAACGGAUCGUUAAUACCGAAAAGGGACAUCGUAAGAUAUAGUUUAACGUAGCCAAUACGGUUAUCAGUGUCGCUUACCUAAUGGCCUCUACGAACCAAGACGGAAGUGCGGAUAGCGUUUCGUGGAGACAAAUAGGCCCAACCUCGGAGCUUUCCAAGAAGCACUGCCGUUUGAUGUACUCCUCUCUCGGCCACAAGUCGGAUGUGUGCCUGUUCUAUGUGAAAGGCGAAUUCUAUGCCAUGGAUGCUCGAUGCGCGCACUCAGGCGGUCCCCUGUGUGACGGAGACAUCGAGGAUGCGGACGACGUGCUGCAGGUGUUCUGUCCAUGGCACGAUUAUGAUUUCAACCUCCGCACUGGGAAGUCCAACACGGGGCUGCAGCAACAAGUGUACGAAGUCAAACAGGAGGAUGGCAGCGUGUACGUGAAGCACUCGUCCCCUCUCGCCUUACAUCCCUUCCCAUCACAGACCUGAGCUGCUGUCAGGAGGUACGGCUGUGCCCGGGAUUGUACCUAUGGAAACGCCUGGAGCGACCCCCGGCUAUUUUUAAGAUUUAUUCUACAAACUGAAGCCAUCUGAGGCAUUCCAAGCCCCCAUCUAUUAUCUUCACAGACGUUUUCCACUAAAACCUGGCAAUGUUGUUACACUCAGGUCUUUAUUAAGAGGAUUGGCUGAAGGGGAUGUGACAUCAUCAAAUUGUUUAAGGUUUUGUGAGUUUCUUUUUCUUUGUAACAGACUGGGAAGGGAGCCAUCUUGGGCAGUAGAUGGGGAGGAAGGGGGGGGGGGGGGGGUUUGGUGCAGAUCUUGAUAACCCAUUAGACACUGAAUGGAAAGUGGGCCUUUGCCUCUGUUAAGCUUAAAAUGACAUUUUAUGUCUCUGACCUGAAGCUACAGCACAAAAUGUCAAAUAAAAACACUGUAUUUGCUGACGUGUGAACAUUGUUGCAAACUGAUGUGAUAUUAUUAUUGUCUCCAGUAAAAAAGCCUAGCUCAGCUCUGACCCUCAUCUACACUGGAGACCUUUUUAAAUACCUUGGUGAGAUCCCAGAAGAACAGCAAUGAAGGGCUCUGUAAUUAUGGUGAGGGUCCAGUACUAUGUGUUUGCACAGCCGUGUCAGCAUUUCCCUUUGGCCUAUGCACAGACAAGUUCUUCCCUCACUGACGCAAUGGCAUAGAGGAGACUGGUCAACAAGGCAUUAGUGGAGAAUCAGGACCUCAGAUUCCUCUACGGACUCAAGGGGAAAAUGUGUUAUUUUGGCUUCAUGUGUGCAUGUGUUUUUCUAUGUUAAGCUGGCAAAAAUAUUUUGGACAUAUUCUCACUACAUUUCCUCCCUCUGACAUGCAGUGUGAUCCAAAAAGAUGUCAGUGGAAGUGUGGCUCGCCAUCCCCGUUCCUCUCCCUCAGUCUCCCCUGUAGGGCGACAUUAUUACCAUAAUAUUUCCAUUGGCUGAUGGCCAGGUGUCUGUGGUGUGGACAGAGCCUUUCACUCCAUACCUUGUCAUUCAUUUUCUCUCUCUCUCACUCACUCACUGUCUUUCUGUCUCUCUGUCUCUCUCUCUCUCUCUUUGUCUCUCUCUCUCA